GAAGUGAAAUGAACUCCAGUCCAACACGACGAUAAAGUAAUUCAGUAGCCUUGAAGAAGUGCCGAUAAAGUGCUUUGUCCAUCAUGUCUUUGGACUGGGGAUAUCCCAUUGGGCUGCUGUGUGUGAGUGUAUGUGUGAGCGUGAGUGUGUGUGAGUGGGUUUCUCCUCUUCCUGCAGUCCUGUAUGGGGAGGUGAAAUCUCCUCGGUACCCUCAGCCCUACCAAACUGGUGUGUAUGAGUGGAAUCUGACUGUUCCCACCGGCUACAGGAUCCAGCUCACCUUCACACACCUGGACAUCCAGCCCUCGGAAAACUGCAGCAGGGACUCACUCACCAUAACCUUUGGGCGGGAGAGUCUGAGAAACCUUUGUGGUCAUCUCCCUGGUAACCACUCUAUCUCAUCUCCAGGCAACCACCUCCAUGUUGUCUUUAGGACUUCCGAGAUGAGCACAGGCUCACACCUGGGCUUCAAUGCCUUUUAUGUUGGUAGUAACUGCUCUGACCCAGCGCCCUUGACGAAUGGGGAGGCAAAGGUGACCUUUGACAGAAACAAUCAGGUUGUUGAGUACCGCUGUCACAAGCCCUUCAAUCUACUCCAUGGCACACCAGUUGUCCACUACACCUGCUCAGAGGAUGGCAAGUGGAGAGACCACAAACACAUGGACACUCGUCCUGAGUGCGUUCCAGAAUGUGGUCGUCCAACAGUUAGUCUCCAAAGGCAAAGGGUUUUUGGAGGGAAGAAAGCCCCUCCACGAUCUGUGCCUUGGCAGGUGUUCCUGGGGGGUAUUGGUCGAGGUGGGGCGUUUGUGAUUCAAGACCAAUGGCUACUCACUGCAGCUCACAACCUUGUGCAGUCUCAAAUAUUUUGUGAUGCAGAAGAUAUAAAGGUCUAUGUUGGAGGAAACAGUCUUACUGAAAUGCAGAAAAAACCCCACCUGAAGGUGCAGGCUGUGCGGGUUCACCCCUUGUAUAACAACCCAGAUAGACAGAACUUUGAUCAUGACAUCGCCCUGAUACAGCUCAAGCAGAAGGUCACGUUUAGCCCCAGUGUCUUGCCACUGUGUUUGCCGUCCACUGACGAUGAGUACAUCCCUGAACGCAUUGGGAUGGUGUCGGGGUUUGGACUAACAGAAAAACAGAUGCUGGCCACGGAUCUCAGAUUUGUCAAACUUCCCCUGGUGGAUCAAAAGACGUGUAAUGACUUUGUCAACAAUGCCCGUUCGGCCAGACCAGAUGAUGCCAUCUACAGAUACACUGAGAACAUGUUCUGUGCUGGCUUCCCUGAGGGGGGCAAGGACUCCUGCACUGGCGACAGUGGGGGGGCUUUUGCUUUUAAAAAGGAUGGGCGAUACUGGGCCGCCGGGAUAGUCAGCUGGGGAGUAGGCUGUGGUGAACCGGGGUAUUACGGAGUGUACACCCGGGUAUCAAAAUACACUGACUGGAUAAACAGGAUUAUGGACAACCAAUUCACAGAUUGUGGAGACCCCAAGCCUUUGCUGAAUGGGGGGGUGAAAUUUCUCUCCAUCACUGAGAAGCAGUACCUGUCUGUCAUUGAGUACCACUGCAAUGAGCCUUACUAUGCUUCCCAGGGAACACACAGAGUGCAAUACACCUGUGCAGCAGAUGGAGUCUGGAGGGACAGGAACAACAGUGACAUCAUACCUGCAUGUAUCCCUGUAUGUGGUCGUCCUGUGAAAAAUGGGACGGUAUCUUGGCAGAUCUCUGUGAGUGUUGAUGGAGUAAAAGGAGCGGGAGCUGUGAUAGGAGACAGAUGGGUCCUCACUGCAGCCAGCAACCUGCUGCCCAAAGGAGCAGCCAUCACUGCACAGCAAGUCAACUUGUACAUCAGGAAGUCUGCUCUUCAGGCUACAUCCCUACAUGUUCACCCUUCGUACAACAAGUCAGACAGCCUGACCGCUUUCAACCACGACAUUGCCCUGGUCAAACUGAAGAGUCCCAUCACAUUCAAUGCAGAUGUCAUGCCUCUGUGCCUUCCCACAGAGAGAUCUUAUAGCGCUGGGCAGCGUGGCUUGGUGUCAGCGUUCAAGUCCAGCUCUAGCGGCCACCAUGGUGUCUGGCUCCAACUAGUGGAUCAUGUGAGGUGUUGCACAUCUGACAGCAGCAGUAGGCAUGCAGUCCCUACUAACCAUACCCUCUGCUCUAAGCUCCCUGAGGGAGUGAAGUCCCUCCCCAGCGGUGACAUGGGGGCAGCACUCGGGGUGGAGGAGGGCGGCAGGUUUGGGGUGGCAGGGGUCCUCCUUCGGGCAGUGGCCAAUCAGGAAGGGACAUAUGGAGUUUACACCCGCGUUUCUCCGCAUCAUCACUGGAUCAGCAGCACCAUGCAGCAACACUUCUGUGAUCCCCCUGAACUACCAGACCUGGUUGAGGUGGUGAACAGCAGCAUAAGAUACGAGCACAACAGUGAAAUCCAGCUCAAAUGUGCCUCGAAGUACUACAGGCUAGAAGGACAAGAGACCUACACAUGCGCUGCUGACGGACUGUGGAGAUCUGGGACUGGACAUUCCAGGUGGCCAAAAUGUGUUCCAGAGUGUGGAAUCACAGAUACCCUUAGCCAUAGCAGUGGCCGUAUCCUGGGUGGCCGAGUGGCGAGGCUGCGGGCGCUGCCCUGGCACCUCCUGGUGAGGGAGCCGCACCGAGCCAGCGCCUCCCUGCUCAGCGAUCGCUGGGCUCUCACCGCGGCCUCUGUGGUGGACGGCUACGAUGACCAGAACUUCACCUUGUACGGAGGCAUCGUCGAAGGCCAAGACAACAAGCGAGUAAUUAUGGUGAGCGAGAAGGUUGUCGUUCACCCCGGCUUCCAGAAGGGUCUGUCUAAUGACGAACACACGAGCUACGACAAUGACAUCGCCCUGAUCAAGCUCUCCUCCAGGGUGAGGCUCAGCCCCGCUCUCCUCCCUGUGUGUCUGCCAGAGAGGGCGGAGGGCCCUGCCUUGGAGGGGAAGAUGGGGACGGUGUCUGGGUUUGGAGCCUGGGAGAAGGGCCGGAUGAGCAGGAAGCUUCGCUACGCAGCCAUCGGGGAAUACUCCCAGGAAAAGUGCCAGAAGACGCCGGACCACAGCCAACUGAAGCAGCCCAUGGCCUUCACCCGCAACAUGUUCUGUGCAGGGCUGGAUGGCUCAGACACCUGCCAAGGGGACAGUGGAGGGGCUCUGGUUCAGCCCAUGUUGGGGAAGGGGUCGCAUAGGGAACCCUAUCGAGUGAAGGGCAUUGUGUCCUGGGGACCAGCUUGUGGAAGUAAGACCUACUAUACCAAAGUACAGAAUUACCUGGACUGGAUUAGGGAAACUAUGGAGAAGGAGAAAUAGGGCAAUUCCAGGCAAGAUGUUACAUAUAAUAAUUAGGGCUGUCAGCGUUAACGCGUUAAUCUAUGCGAUUAAUGCGGCCGCGAUUAACGCGAUAAAAUAUUUUAACGCAAUUAACGCAACUUAAAAAAAAUA